AUGGUAUACACCUUCACACUUCCCACAACCUCGCCGCUGUCCUUCCAGACAUUCAUUUCCUCCUCCACACACCCAUCUCUCCCUCAAUCCGCGUCAACCGCCCGUCAUGCCCUUCGUCUCACCUUGAAAGCGCAUAAGCGCCUCCCCCACGGCCCCCGCCAGGAUGCCCACCUCCAAACUGUCCUAUCCGCCCUCAACGAAUAUAUCCCUUACCUCUUUGCCAUCUCACAUGGUCUGAGAGGUCAAUCGAUUCAAACUGAUACCCACGCAGAGGAAAUUGACAUCACGGUGCGCGCCGACAUCGAGUCCGAGUGGAAACCUACCUUGUCGGCUAGUAGUGCAAUCAACAUCAGGCCAAAUGCGACUACCUCAGGGGCUGUCCCUGGCCGUACCCGUAACGGACGCAUCUCUGGAAGAGGAAUCGACUUUGAGAUCGCGUUCACGCUCACGACUUUGGGUUACGUGCUGAGUCGACUCGCGCGGGCCGGUGUCGUCGAAUCUCUCUACGCGUCUACCACGCCGACCCCCGAGCAGCGCACUGCGGCAGUCCAAACCGCAACUAAAAACUUGCUUCUCGCGAGCUCUGUCCACGGUCUCCUUGCGACAUCCCCGCUUUUUACCGCGGCGACAGCGUCCGCGAUUCCGGAUCUCAACGCAUCUACCCAGUCCGCGCUUUCCUCGCUGGCAUUGGCCGAGGCUACUCUACUGGCAGUGCUGAAGGAUGAUGCGCAUGUCGCGGCGUGUAUUCAGGCCCGCAAUCCGAAUGAUCGGGAAUGGAUGGUUCGCGCCCCAGAGAUUCCCAAAGUGCGCGCUUUACUUUUCGCUCGACUCUGCGUUCGCGCGGCAGAGUAUGCAGAACAAGCAGCGGCGGGGCUGGGGGCUGUGGGUCCUGGAGCUGGGAAGUCAGCUCAGGUGGAAGAAGAUGUGACUCGUUAUGCUGGGGCGUUGGGUCGUGUGGCUCGUGCGCGGGCUUGUCGAUUCUUUGGCGUGGAUGCUGAGCUCGCUGGGAAGACCGGCGAAGGUAUUGCUUGGCUAAAGGCUGCAAGAUCAGCUCUUGGAUUACGUGGCCAGGGUCCUUCUCCCGAGGCAGAUGGAGCUUGUAACGCCCCUAGCAAAGGUGGAUUCUCCAGGUUAAAACGGGAAUGGGCGGAGCGGCGGGAAGAACGGAAGAUUGGCAAGGAUGCUGGUGGUUCUCGCAGUGCUAAGGGCUCCUUGGAUCCUGGAGAUGAUGCUGGCCGCGGCGAAGAAGGAAAUGUGAUUGACAUGCUCGACACAAAGUGGACGAAAAUGAAUGAUACCAUCAAUACCCAAAUAAUUCCCCCGUCCGCUCCUUUAUUGGCCAAUCUACCGUCAGGACGUGACAUCCACACUCCGCCUGCGCCCUAUACUCCGCCAUCCAUAGACACAGAUCAACUCUUGCGCAUGCGAGCUCCACCGGAUGAACAUCAAGACUUGCAUUUCGGCAGCGAUGACGACAGUGAGGAGGAAGCGUCGCCCACACCAGGCCCCCCGGGUGGAUUUCCGGAUCGGGCUCAGACAGCCUCUAAUGUAUAUUAUUGA